AUGUCUUUCCCCACAACCUCCAAACCAACCCCAGAAGUCUCCCAAACAAGCCCUCAUAUCCUCUCCGACAUGCUCGAACAACCUCCUCACAUACCACCAUCCUCUUCCACCAUCAUACCUUCCACCCAUAAGAAACCCACCCUCUACCAAGCAGCCGUCUCCGAACUCCUUGGCACAAUGAUCCUCGUCCUCUUCGGCGACGGCGCCAUCGCCCAGGUUACUCUUAGCGGGGGAUCCAAAGGGGAUUAUCAGUCUAUAUCAUGGGCGUGGGGACUAGGAAUCCUCCUCGGAAUCUACACCUCCACCCGCUCCGGCUCGCACCUCAACCCAGCCAUAACAUUCACAAACUGUCUGCUGCGCCCAUCCAUGCACCCAUGGUCCAUCCUGCCGGUUUACACCCUCGCGCAAACACUGGGAGCCAUCAUCGCCGCGGGUCUCAUCUACGCCAACUACCACUCCGCAAUUGACGUCCACGAGGGGCGUCUUCACGCGCGCUCUGUCCCCAUCACCUACUUCUCCCCCGCUUCAUCCUCUAAAAUGACUGGCCCCGAAGCAAUGGCCAUGUCAAACGCAACAGCAGGCAUAUUCAGCACCUACCCGGCGCCAUUCAUGACUCGUUCGGGAGCGUUCUUCUCGGAGGGCUUGGCGAGUGCGAUCCUCAUGUUCAUGGUCUCCCAAGAAGAAAGAAGCGGAGAAUUAAUCCUCCCCCUAGGCCUCUUCUUCACCGUCUUCGGCAUCGGCGCCAGUUUCGGCUGGGAAACGGGCUACGCGAUGAACCUGGCGCGUGAUUUCGGGCCGAGACUCGUGUCUUAUUCCUAUGGUGGCUCCGUUUGUGGGGUGUAUCAUCGGUGGAUCGACCUAUGA